AUGUUUCUCCCAGAUGGUUGCUACUCCUCGUUUCUCGUCAACGACUCUGGGUUUUGCAUAUGUAAUCUAUCACUCAUCACUCAUCCCAGCUCGGUCCAAAGCACCUGCGGAAAGCCGAAAAGAAAGGCGGUGCUCUGCAAAAGUGCGGUCGUAACUGGCGCAGUGUUUUGGUCCCAUCGAUUGUACGACGGAUCCCGGAGCGAGCGGACCCGCCUUGAUAUUAUUUCGAAGCUCACGCCACUCCUUUUCGUCGCGAUUUAUUUUCACAUUUUCGCCGUUCCACCUGAAAGCUCUGGAUUCCUGAACUUAGCGACUUUGUUACUCACGGUCGGUCUAGUUGAUUCCAUAUUUCUCGAGUCUGUGUCUGCAGCACGCAGCGGUAUUUCAAUAUCCACGAAAUAUCCGAUCAUGCCCGGAAAGAUUCUGCCAACAUUCACGCCUGCCGAGGUCGAAUCCCACAACCACGCCAAAUCUUGCUUUGUGACUCUGGGGUCCAAGGUUUACGAUGUCACAUCCUUUCUCAAUGAUCAUCCGGGAGGCGGCGACUUAAUUCUCGAAUAUGCUGGGAAAGAUGUGAAGGAGAUCUUGCGGGAUGAGUCCUCUCACAAUCACUCUGAGGCGGCUUAUGAAAUUCUAGAGGACCUCCUUGUUGGGUUUCUCGAUAACAAAUCUACCGGAAAGACAGCAGAUACGAAUGGGUCAGCUACCGAAGGGUCAGAAGAAGAUUCGCGGCCAGUGUAUGCUUCGACAGGCAUGUCGAGCGAAGAGGACCUGUCCGUCGAAACAGACAUCGUCAAGGAUUAUCAAACCUUCAAGUUUCUAGACCUCAACAAACCAUUGCUUCUUCAACUCUGGAAUAGUGGCUUCAGCAAAGAGUUCUACCUACAGCAGAUCCACCGGCCGCGCCACUAUAAGGGAGGGGAGUCGGCCCCCCUAUUUGGGAACUUCCUGGAGCCCUUGAGCAAGACCGCGUGGUAUGUGGUUCCUUUGCUCUGGCUUCCUCCAGUCACCUAUGGAAGUUUUGUUGGAUUUGCUGGACUGGGAAAUGUCCCUACAGCAGCCUCCUACUGGCUGUUUGGUCUUUUCCUUUGGACCUUGAUUGAAUAUCUCAUGCACAGAUUUCUUUUUCACAUUGACGGAUAUCUCCCUGAUAAUCGAGUCGGCAUCACCCUCCAUUUCCUUCUUCACGGAAUCCACCAUUAUCUGCCAAUGGAUAAAUACCGGCUUGUGAUGCCACCAGCUUUGUUCGUGAUUCUGGCCACGCCCUUCUGGAAACUGGCUCACACAGUUUUCUUCUAUAACUGGUACGCUGCGGUCACAGUUUUCUGUGGUGGCGUAUUUGGAUAUAUCUGUUAUGAUAUGACACAUUACUUCCUCCACCACCGCAACUUGCCCGCUUACUAUAAGUCGCUCAAGAAGUAUCACCUUGAGCACCACUUUGCCGACUAUGAAAACGGCUUUGGUGUCACAAGUCGCUUCUGGGACCGGGUGUUUGGCACCGAACUCAAAACCCCGCCACCCAAGGGCGCGAAAGCUCAAUGA